AUGGGAUACCCUGUAGGUACAAGAUUAGUAUAUAUAGAAGUCACUGGGAAACACAAACCUCGAACAUGUACCAGAAUCGUGGACGGUGAGAAUAAACCAAUCCUAACCGAACAAAAACUAGAGGAGGUAUGGACCAAUUACAUAAGGGAACUGUUCGAUGACGGUGGCCACUCUUUUCACUCCCAAAUAGAAACUGAAAAUGGCCCAGAUAUAAUGAUCUCAGAAAUCGAGAGAGCUUUAAAGAACACCAAAAACGGGAAAGCAGCUGGACCGGACAACAUCUACCCAGAAUUGAUAAAACUAAUAAACGGAGACAAUUUAAAGUUAUUGGUAAACCUCUUCAAUUCUGUAUACAAUACCGGAAACAUACCUCGGGACUGGCUAAGGUCGACAUUUAUACCUAUUCCUAAAAAAACUGAUGCAAGAUGUGAUGAGUUUCGUUUAAUAAGUCUGAUGAGUCAAGUUCUAAAGCUGUUUUUAAAGGUUCUGCAUAAUCGAAUCCGAAGAAAAUGUGAGCUAGCAAAUGGGAUUUUGCGAGGGACUGGGGACGAGAGAAGCCCUGUUUGCGCUAUCGGUGCUUUUGCAGAAGUGCAGAGAUCAACGAAAGAAGGUACACCUAUGCUUCAUAGACUACACGAAGGCAUUCGACUGCGUCAACCACAGGGAAUUGCUGAGCAUCCUUGA